AUGGGGUUUCCCAAAGGAGGUCAAGGGUUUCCCCAAAGAAAAGGGGCCCCUUUCUGUUUGGAAAAGGGCGUUGCCUCCGGGCGGCCAAACCCAGCAAACCAGGAACAUUGCCAGGCCCCUUUACCUUUCCCCCGGGGUUUUGGUGGGCGCCCGGUUUCCCCGGACCCCCCACCUCCAGAAAUUUUCCGGAUUCGCAGGGAAAGGUCAAGGGGGGACCUGUGGGAAAUUUUGGGAAGGACGGGGCCCGGGUUUAAGGACCCGGGAUUGGAUUUCCCAAGGGCCCCCGGGGAGGGAAACCGGGGAAAGGAAAAAAAGCCACGGGGACCUCCCCCCAAAAGGGGGGAACGCCCCCUUGAACCCCAAUACCAGCAACCCCAGGACUCGGGUAACCCCCCUUGGGGCCCAAAACCCCUAAGGCCCUAA